CGCCCCCCAGAGGCUAGUUGAACUCUGCCAUGUUUUCAAGUUGUGAGAAGGUGCUGCUAAGCAUUAUGCUGAAAGGAAUUUUGAAAUGAGUGGAAAGUCAACGUCGGUGAGACAACUCAUAUAAAAAAAGGUAAAUUACGUUUAGUGCAGAUAGUCCAUAGAAACAUUACUGUUACUGAAAUCUGAUUCACUUCUUGUAAUGAUAUUUUGCAGGUGCAGUAAAUGUCCCUGUUCCAGCUGUAGACUGUCUCUAUUCAGGUCAUGGAUGAGCAGCUUUUGUGCAUGGAAAAUCAGAGCUUGAGUGACAAGAGCUGCAGUGAAGAACCUCGCCAGGUGCUGCGAGCACCCUGGGACUCCACUCAGUUAUACAAUGAGCGAGUGCUGCUCAACCUGCUGGCCCUGGAGCAGAAGCGUCAGCCUCGAUUCAACUAUUUUGGCACUGUGCAGUUUGACCUGCUUCCCUUCAUGCGCCAAGUCCUGGCAAGGUGGAUGCUAGAGGUAUGUGAGGAAGCAAACUGUGAGAGUAAUGUGUUUCCUUUGGCAAUGGACUACCUGGACCGGUAUCUGUCUUCUGUUGGAGUUAAGAAAAGCGACCUACAAGUACUUGGUUGUGCCUGCAUUUUCAUUGCCUCUAAGAUGCUAGAUGCACUUCCCUUGACAUCCACAAAGAUCUGCAUUUUCACCUUGAACUCUGUCACUCGGAAGAAGCUGCUGGACUGGGAAGUGUAUGUGGUGGAGAAACUGAAGUGGGACCUUCUACCUGUUCUUCCCAAUGAUUACCUCGAGCACAUCCUCCUGAGGCUUCCUAACUUUCUAGAUGAUGAACUGAAGCUGAUCCGCAAGCACGCAUGCACCUUUACUGAUGUGUGCACCACAGAACUACAGUUCAUCAUGUGGCCGCCAUCUUUGAUCAUGUGUGCAAGCAUUGGGGUUGCUGUCCGCUUUCUAGACAUUUCUAAGCCAGAAGUUGAUAACAAUGCAUUGGUAGAGUUGCUUUCAAACAUCAUAUCAACUGAUCUGGAGUCUCUACGUUCUUGCCAAGAGCAACUAGAAUGCUUAUUACAGAAGCACCUUCCAAAGAAAACAUGUUAAGCUGAGCCGCACAAACCCAGCACCUUAAUGUGAUGACGCUGCUAUUAAAUUUGUAUGUUUAGCUGUUAUUUUAUGAACACUCAACUGUAUCAGCACUGUUCAAAUCACAUGGCCUUGUGUUUGUAAGUUCAUUAAUUUCUGAUGACACAAGCCAUACCUGAAAUGUUUUAUAUGUUUUCAUAGUAGCUGUGAUGCUCCUUUAAAAUGGAGAUACUAAAUAUAUAAAAAUGGACAACACCAAGCCAAAUGUCAUGCAUCUUGUCUUGGCGGCAGGGGGAUUCUAGUGGGCUGCUUGCCAGCUGUCAUUCAUUAGCUCCAGGGUAAGGUGUCAGCAAUGCCACACUAGAGAAUAUAACCACAACCAUUCAUUUUCACCGAUAAUGGAGGUAA